AUGGCCUCCGCUACCUCCACCCCAGCCGCCUCCGGCAGCCGCUCCAGCCGCUCCGCCAGCCGCCGCAGUGCAGCCGCCGGCGGCCUCCCCUCAUCCAGCACCAGCCCGACCUGCCGCUCCCGCAUCCAGGAGAAAGAUGAGCUCCGACACCUCAACGACCGCCUCGCCAACUACAUCCAGCGGGUCCAAGACUUAGAAAGCGAAAGGUCCUCCAUGCUCAUCCUCCUGGAGGAAAAAGAGGAGUCGACCACCCGGGAGAUGGGCAACGUGAGGCGGCUGUAUGAAGAGGAGCUGGCCGACGUCAGGUCAUCUCUGGACGGCCUGGCUGGUGAGAGGGCCCGGCUGCAGAUCGACUAUGGAAAUGUGUGCGAGGAGUACAGGAAACUUCAAGCCAGGAACCAGAAGAAGGAGAGUGAUUUGGCGAAUGCGAUGGCUCAGUGGAGGAAAGUUGAAGCUGCUCUGAACUCCAAGGAUGCUGAAUGUACUAAGCUGCUGUCAGAGAACAGGAUGCUGAAUGACGACUUGAGUGACCUGCAGGGCCAGCUGGAACAUGCAGAGGGCACACUGGCAGAUGCCAAGAACCAGCUGAGCUCUGAGAUCCUGAGGAGGGUGGACAUGGAGAACCAGGUGCAAACUCUAAAAGAACAGCUUGAGCUCAACAAGAACAUCAGUCAGCAGGAAAUCAUGGAGAUCCGCAGCCGACAUGAGAGCCGUUUAGUGGAGUUGGACUCUGGACGACGUAGAGAGUUUGAGAGUAAACUGACCGAUUCAAUGCAGCAGCUCCGCCAAGACCAUGAGACUCAGCUGCAGCAGUAUAAGGAAGAGAUUGACAAGACCUUCAGCUCAAAGCUACAGAACGCCCAGCAGGCCGCAUCGGAGAAAAACAAUGUCAUGUCGGCCACCAAAGAUGAACUGGAGACCACCAGGCUCAGAGUGGAGUCCCUCAGCUCACAGCUCCAGCAGCACCAGAAAGAAAAAGCAGUGUUGGAGAGCCGCUUCCAGGACCUGGAGAGGACUCUGGACCAGGAGCGGGAGAUGUGGCAUCAGAGACUCAGUCAGAAGGAGCAGGAGCUGCUCAGCAUGAGGACCCAGAUGUACAGCCAGCUGGAAGACUACGAGAACCUGCUAGACGUCAAGAUAGCGCUGGACAUGGAGAUCAACGCCUACAGGAAGAUGCUGGAGGUGGAGGAACACAGACUGCAGCUGUCACCCAGCCCCUCCCAGCACGCCACCGUACAGCGAACCACCGUACAGCGGACACACGAACACAGCCGCAGCAAGCUCCGAGGCAAGAAGAGGAAAUACGAAGGAGCCUCCGGAAGCUCGCCUGCUUAUAAGAUGUCGAGCCGCUCAGCAGAGCACGGAGCUGUGAGCGUGGCGGAGGUGGACGUGGACGGAAGAUACGUUAGACUGAGGAACACCUCUGAGACGGAGCAGCCUCUAGGUGGCUGGGUGGUCCGGAGGACAUUUUCAGAUACUGGGGACAUCUCCUUCCACAUCCCGUCCUCCUGUGUGCUGGCUGGUGGGCAAACACUCACUAUCUGGGCUGCAGGUGCAGAGACAGAUGCUGACUCAGAGGACCUGGUUCUAGAGGGCCACAGGAGCUGGGGCCCAAUCACUGAUGUGAGGGUUAUCCUGCUGAAUCCCAACCAUGAGGAGAUGGCUGAGCGCAGGGUGUGUGUGCAGACCAGAGGCAACGAGGAAACCGAACUGGAGUUUGAUGAAGAGUUUGUGGCAGGCAGUGACAUCCAGCACUUUAGGAGACAGGAUCUAUCUAAGGAGGCCAGCUGCGCUGUCAUGUGACUGCUCGUUCAUCUCACUCUGUCCUUCACGUCCGCCUGAGGAGAAGGGGACCGUCUCCAGCCCCUCCCCUCCUACAAGC